GUACUUGAUGAAAAAAGUUUGAGAACCACUGCUCUAGAUGAUGCUGUUCAUUUAGCCACAUUUUAUGACACUCACAACAAGAUCCCUGUGUACUCGGCCUAUGUGUUUGAAGGGCUAAUGGACUGCACAAGAAAAAACAGCUGGUACAUUAAACCUCAGCUUGAUGAUGAUAAUAAUGCAGAAGAAAACAUGGAAUUUGAAACAUUUGUGGAUAUAGGGGAACUUGGAGAAAAUCAAGCUCUCAAUAAAGACUAUUAUAGAUCUGGCUUUGACAGAGGUCAUCUGGCUCCAGUUUACCAUGCAAACUCUCAGGAGUGUGCAGACGCCACCUUCACUCCCACCAAUGCUGCUCCACAAAACCACUCUUUCAACCGAGUUGAAUGGAGGUAACUAGAAAAAAGAAUUGCAAAUGAUCUGAGCAUAACCUGUGCAGAAUACAAUGUUCACAUUGUGACAGGGGUGGUACCAGGUAAUAACCAAACAAUCAACAACAGAGUGAAUGUGCCUAGUCAUUUCUGGACUGCAUACUGUUGCUUAGACCAAAAUAAUAGGUCUGCACACUCUGGGGGAGCCAUUGGAAUCAAUGACAAUAAUGGAUAUAUUACUCCAAUAAUGACUGUGGCUGAGUUAGAGACAGAUUUGGAGCAGUUGUAUGGAACAGCCUUUACAUUGUUUCAGAAUGGGCCAAUAAUAAGGCAGUUCUUUGCUUAUAUGAGUGAUUAAACUGUAAACAUUUCAUGAAAUCUUUAAGUAGGAUUUCAUGAAGCUCAUCAUAUUUUCUAAUAUUACUGUACUGUAAUUAAACUGAUAAAACCUUACAUUUUUUAACACUUGUAAUGUUGCAGUUCUUGAGUUCAUGAGUUUUAUGGCUGAUUAAGAAACAGAUCUGGGAAAACAGUAAACCAGCAUUUAAUUGUUUAUGUUUUAUCAUCAUUUUGUUUAAAGACUGGAAAUAUUUUUAGGGUGAUGUUAUGUUGUAUUUCAUAAUCAAUGGCAAUGAUAAUUAUGUGACAAUGAUAAUGAAUGUGCUGAUGAUCUCAACUGUAGAACUAUUAACCUCUAAUAAAAAAUCAUUUAUGCUCCAAA